UAAUCUGUAUUAAUGAAUAUAUAAGAAAAAAGAUUGAAUAUUAAAAUAUUGCAUUAAACUGAAAUGACGUAUGGAUUCUAAACAAAAAUUUAUUAAAAAUAAAUAUUGGAAAAAAAAAUAUAAAUCGCGUAAUGUCACUAAUAAUAUCAAUAAACAAAAAUCAAUAGAACAGAAAAAUGAUGAAUCUAAUGAAUUUAUAUUAAAGCAAUUUAUACCAAAGGAAGGUUGGUUUCCAGAAUAUGAUUCAUCAUCAUCAUCAAGUGAUACCGAAAAUUUUAAUUCCUAUAUAAAUAGUCAAAGUAUUAAUUCAACAUCACAUUCCAAAAGUGUUGACAACAAUAAAGAAUUUGACAAUGAUUGGUUUGAUAAAAAGACUAUUAAAUUCAAAUCAGAUAUUAACAUAGUGGAUAAACACCAUAGCAAUUUAAUGUUAACUUUACAAGAAAAUAUUGAACACGAAGCUUGUAAUUCUAAUAUAAAAUUGAAUAUUGUAAAAGAAAAACAGGAUGAUAAACUUGACAAUGAUGAAGCAGAAUUGGAAUUCUUGCUGUCCUUGACAGAACCAGUUUAUACAGGUCCACUCAUUGUGAAACAUAACGUUAAAAAUGAAAGGAAAAUUGUGAUGAAUAAUUGUAUACAACAAAAGCCUAUUAAGUCAAUAGAUUUAGAAAAGUGGUUGGAUUCUGUGUUAGAUGAUUAAACUACAAUAAAAGAAAAUUUUUUAAUAUGGGAUACUCUCGUUUAAUAUUGAAAACAUCUCCAAAACAUUUGUUGGAUACACUAUUACCAACUUCAACAAAUUCAGCAGAUCUACUAGAUUCUAUUUGAUUAUUAGUUUAAUUUGUAACUUAAAUUCUUAUUGUUUGUGUA